AAAGCUCAUCAGCUGACUCCAGCUUUUCAUCAGAAAAAUAUACAGAAGACUUCAGAUACACAUAUCGUUAUAAACACAUCUUAAAAUAAUGACUGACUAUAAAAAUUUCAACAAGUGCACAAUGAAGAUUAUCCUUGGUGUCUACUUCUGUGCUCUUUCAUACGCAAUGUCCCUUAACAAGGAUGCCGCUACAGUUGAUAAUUCACUACAAGUUGCAAACACAGGUUUGGAAGAAAGAAGCGAAAAGUGUGUUAAAUGGAAUUAUCUUUGUGGUCCUCCCGGAAAAAAAACCUACCCUCCUUGUUGUUCUAAUUAUUACUGUCGAUGCAACAGUUUUUGGAAAACAACGUGCCGAUGUCAUGGAUCGAGUUUAGGUUCUUUGCAAGGCUGUUAGUCAUGAGGAACAAAAGAGAAUCGAACCCGUUUUGUUCUAUUCCUGUUUCUUUUUUUAUUUACUUGUCAUCUUUAUUUUCCUUUCUUGUGUCUUGAAGAAAUAUUCUCUAAAAUGUCAACUUUCGCUUAAAUUACUUUGCUUUUAUGUUUUGUUCCUCGUUUACGUCAGUGCUUCUCAAUUGUGUGACCCCCCCCCCUACAAGGUUCUGGGUUGCAUAUGUUUACAAUCAACAGGGAUUUCAUAAAUCUGUCGUUUCAAACAAUA